GGGAAAUAACUAUGGAUAUACAACAAAUAAUAAAAAAGAAUGGACUCUGUUUUGUUAAAGCAAGGAGCUGAAGCAAAACUCUACUCUUACGAUUUUUAUGGCCGACCUUGUAUAAUCAAAGAACGGUUUAAAAAGAGUUAUCGACACCCAACAUUAGAUGUUUCUCUUACUAGCCAGAGACUUAAGGCAGAAGUGAGAGCAAACUUAAGGUGCAGAAUGGCUGGUAUGUAGGUAGUAAUAAUGAAAAAAAUGUUGUGAUUAAAACUUGUUUUGUACUUUGGUAUUUCAUUCAUCCACUUAAAUACUCUGAGUCCAACUCUGAAACAGAAUCCAGUAUGAGAAUAGCACAUAUAUAGGCCUGCCAGGGCAGCCUUGAAGCUUUCAACCGAUGUCGAGUUCACAGUAGUGAGUUACAAACUACACUUAGUAUGACUACAUUACUUACCUUGGCCUUAGGCCUAGUCUAGGCCUUAGUAAGUUAAAGUAAGGCUGUGUUUCUGUCUAGUCUACAGCAGUUAUAUAAUAAAAUUCAAAGUCAUACAUUUACUAAUAGUUAUUUUAAUUAUUUUUUUUAAAUGAUAAAAAUAUUACAAUUGUAAUAAUUGAUAUAACUUCAAAUGAAAGAAAAUAAAACCAGAAUCAACUUUCUUAAGUACUUUUUGAGCUAUGAGUUUUUUGUUUGUUUGUAAUUUUUUUAUUAUGGACAGCACCUCCACAUUUGAUGACCCAAUGUCACUGAUCGAGUCACAUGCUAUGGACUCUGCAUAUAAUGCCACAUAUUAAAAGUUCUAAUAUUAAACUUUUAACACUAUAAUUAUAAAUACAUUUUAACUUAACUAGCGAACUAUUAUUAUCAUUAAAUUUAAUAAGGGGUCUUUUGCAAAUUAGGUCCCGCAAAAAAUGGCCCUUUUAAACCCCCCCCCCCCGGCCCAAAGGGUCUCAAAUUCCUUAACCACCCCCCCCCCCCCCAGUGUCACGUCGCAAUUAAAAAUAUUCAAAACAUACCGGUACAUAAAAUUUUCAUAACUGAGCUAAGAUUUUAUUUUAUGCUUUAACAUUUUCCCAUAAUGGUUUAAGAUGUAAUAGUAUUAUUAGAAAACUGUGACGGGAAACAAUGAAGUCCUCCCCAAGCCGAAUGUAAAAUGGCCACGACAGUUUUUGUGUCAUUUUUCAAAUUAAUGUUUUUAAAAUUAAUUGAAUAAAGAUUUUUCAAAAUUGUAAGAAAAAAAUUUGUGACAUCACACAUUUUUAACCCCCCACCCCCCCCCCCCCCCCCCCCCCCCCCCCCCCCCAUUUUAACCCCCCCCCCCCACCCCCACCCCCACAAAUUCUCAUCCUCCCUCCUGAGCGUGCCAUAAUUUGCGAACGACCCCUAAAUACAAUAUGGAUUUUCUGUUUACUAAGUCUAAGGCAUGCAUUUAUAUAUAAAUAUAUGAGGCAAGGCAUCUCCCUAAAAAUAAUACUGGUUUGGGACUACUUAUUUUGAACUUUCAACUUUUGCACAUGACUAAAUAAUUAAAGCAUUCCCAGACCAAUGAUUUAAUAGUGUUUGCACAUUGCAACUCUUAUGAAUGAAACUAUGAGAAUAAUACUAUUGUAGUAUUUACUAGUAUAGUACAUGCUAGUGACUGUGAAUUGUUGCCCAUGACAAUGUUUUGCACACUGCAAUUUAUGAUAAUUUAUAAUAUUGACUCUUCCAGGUUUUUAAACCUCAAAUUAAAAGAUUCCUGUUUAAAUGCCUUCUAAAUUCACUCUAAAAUACAGGGAAUAAAAUAUUUUUCAUGUGAAUAGUGAUAAUAAUUGAAUAUUCCAUAAGCAUUGGCAUCUUCCUCCAUUAAAAAGGGGUCAUGGUCAAAAUGGGAAAGGGUGACCUUAUGGUAAUGCAGGUACUUAGAUGAGCAUAACUAAUGGACGACAAUGAGAAUUGGCACACAUAUACAUCAAUAUAAAAUGCAGAGGAAUAUUUAAUAAUGAAGACAUAUACUUUUAACUUCUAAUAGAAUUUUGUAGGGAAAGAUGCCUUAUAUAUACCUAUGAAUUUCUAAUAUUGGGGUCGAUUGAAAGGGCAAAAAAUUACGAUGGAAAUGUGGGUCAAGAUGUCCACUACUGUAAACUUAUGGAUCAAUACCUCAAUUUUAUGAAAAAAAAAGGAGUCCUUUCAUCAAUGAACAAGCAUGAAAUUCAUGUCCAAAAAUUAAAAACUUGGAUUCUUCUGCGUUGAUUCCCAUUUCCCAUACAAAUUUGAAGUAUUCUCCCUUGCCUUACUGAAGUGCCGACAUACUGUCAUUGUGAGUUACAGUUAAUAAUAAAUAGUCUGAAAAGGUUCUUAUUAUCAUUUGACAAUACUACGAGUAGAUACUUCAGUAAAACAAGGGAGACUACUACAAAAUUUUUAUCAGAAAAGCUGUUGGUUCAGAGAAAUCUGAGGUUUUCAAUUUUGGGGUAUUUAGAGGAGGGUUGGGGGCGGGGGGGGGGGGGGGUGUUUUUUAAUAAAAUUACAAUUUUGUCAUAAAAAGCAAGGUUGGGUGUGUUAAGGGAGAGUAGUUGGGGGGGGGGGCACGACAUUCAAACGGAUAUUUUUGAAGAAAGAAAAUUACAAUUUUGUCAUAAAAUUAUGGUACUGGUAUCUUUCCCUCUAAAAAUUGCUUAAAUCACCUGGUCUGUUGGAUGAUCCAAUUGCAAUCAGAUUCCAAUAAUUAGUCUUCUAUUUCAUUAGGCAUGGGUAAAUUUUACUUCUGGCUUUGAGAAUAAAAUUAUUUCUUACCAAGAAGCUAAUGUACAUUUCUUGAGUUGUUUACUGUGCUCUUUUCCUUGUGAUAUUUUCAUUAGUCCUAUGCCCUGAAGAAAGCUAUAUGCCGAAAUGUUCAAAUUUUUUUGUCCUGUCUUUUUAAUUCAGGCUUCAACAUACCUCGUUUUGCUAUUUCAUUUACUUAGCUUGAAUGCAGUCCUUUAAUUAUUAUAUGUACAUUUCAACUAUCUUCCAUAGGAAUUCUCACUCCCACCAUUUUCAUGGUCAAUUUUGACAACAGCAGCAUUUACAUGCAAGAAAUCCAAGAUGCCAUCACGGUAAGGGAAUACAUCGCAACCAUUCAAGAACAACACAAAGACAGGGCUCAUGCAAAUGAUUUGAUUUCACCAGUGGCUGAAGUCAUUGGCAAAACAUUAAGCAAGAUGCAUGCUAAUAAUAUUAUCCAUGGUGACCUUACGACGUCUAACAUGCUACUUCAAGGGGACCCACAUGAUCUAAAGCUCGUCCUUAUAGACUUUGGACUCAGCUCAUUUGAAGCCUCUGCUGAAGAUAAAGGAGUAGAUCUAUACGUACUUGAGAGAGCUUUUCUAAGCUCUCAUCCUAAUACUCAAGAAUUAUUUGACAUUAUAUUGAAUUCAUAUCAGACCACAAUGAAAGAUAAAAGUGCUUGGAAAGAAGUCAUUGCCAAGUUGGAUGAGGUACGAUUGCGAGGCAGAAAGAGAACAAUGGUUGGUUAAUAAAGGGUCUACCCUCCUUAUAAAAGUUGCAUUUGUUACAUAUUUUUGUGUGUGGUCAUUUAUUAAUGAAACAUUAUUUUUUUUAAUGUUAUUUUUUAAAAUAAAUAUAUCAAUAAAUAUGUGGCAUUUCUUGUAUACCAUUCUGAGUCAGUUAAAAUAAAUUACUGAUGUUCAGUUCAGUAAUUCAGUUCCCAGCUGAUAGGUUGC